UGCCCCCUCUAUCUCUCCUUGGCGUCCUUUCAUACCAGUUUCUGCACCUUUCCUCCUUAGGUUUUUACCCUGUCUUACUCUCCUGAUGCCUUUUUAAUUCUCUUUUUAAUUCUCUUGUCUAUUUCUGUCCGUUUAUCUCUUCCACUCCCUCCCUCUCUUUUCCUAUCUGCCUCCUCCGGAUGUCAGGAGCCUUUUGUUGCAUGUUAUACAUGCACAGCUUAUCCGUGCCCUCGCUAACCCAGCAGGAGUCCUUAAAUUUUUCCAUUGGAGAGGGUGUAGAAUAAAAUUGAAGACGGAAGAAUACAAUAUCUGACUGCGAGAAACUUGAACCGCGUUGACCUUGCCCUACAAGCUAAAUGCGAGGACCUUCGGUUACGUAAACAAAGACAGAUUGCCCACGGCAGAUAUGUCAUGUCCACAGAAGAAGACAAGGAUGCAGCAAGAUGACGUGAUUUAAACAACUUCAACUGCAUCACAACAUGAUCGGCUAUGAGGGCCUGAACGGGUGAGCGGCUUCAAUGGCGUGGACAGAACCGCAGAUCCAUCCAGACCCACAGCUGCAACCGAAACGGACGUUUGGCAACCUGCUGUCGACGUUCUCCUCCGCCAUCGUCCUGCUCACGUCGCUCGGUGCCUUCGCCGGCCCCUGUAGGGCCGGUCCACCUCAGCCUGCCCGCCCCCCUCUUCUGUCCGGACAGCCCUUCAUCAUCUUCUGGGGCGUCCUCGACUCCUCCUGCCCCGGCCGGCCGGAUCCCACGUCCUUUGGGAUGGAGCGCGAGGGCCGCGUGGCCAUCUUUUAUGAAGACACGCUCGGGGAUUACCCUUAUUUCAUAGACAAGAACACCCCGGUCAACGGGGGGCUGCCGCAGAACACGCGCCUAGACGGCCACAUCCAGAAGACGCAACAGGACCUGGAGACGGCCCUGACCGCCCCCCGGUACCUGGGCCUCGGGGUGCUGCGCUGGGCCGAGUGGGUGCCCCAGUGGGCCAGGAGCAGGGACAAACAGCCCAUGUAUCUGGAGGCCUCCAGGAACCUGAUGAAGUCUUUCUUUCCCAACUGGACCCCAGAGGAAGUGGAGAAAUGGUCACGGAUAGACUUCGAAGCAGCCGCCCAGUCCGUCAUGAUGGAGACUCUCCGGGAGGUCAAAAGGUUGAGACCCAAAGCAUUGUGGGGUUUUUCUCCGUACCCUACCUGCUACAACACCGACCCCACCCAAACCUCCUUAAGCAAUUUCACCGGCCAGUGCCCCCCGGCUGACACGGCCCUGAACAACGAGCUGCUGUGGCUCUGGAAACGAUGCUCGGCCCUCUACCCUCUCCUGACCCUGGAGAAGGUGCAGGGUGGGACCUCUGGAGCUAGACUGUAUCUAUCCGGUGUGAUAAAAGAAGCGCUACGAGUAUCAUCUCUUGCCGGAGCCGACUUUGACCUGCCUGUAUUCCCUCUGAUCAGGAGCGUCUACGCCUCAACUAAAACCUUUUUAUCACAGGCUGACCUGGUCAACGCUAUAGGAGAAAGUGCUGCCAUGGGAACAGCAGGAGUCGUCAUCUGGGAUAGAAGUGAGACUAAAACAGAGAGAGAGUGCCAGGACCUGGCGGAGUUUGUCCGCAAAGUCUUGGGACCAUACUCCUCCAACGUCACCGCGGCAACUCAGCUCUGCUCAGCCUCCCUCUGCCAGGGAAAGGGUCGAUGCGUUCGUCAGAACCCCAGCAGCUCGGCCUACCUCCAUCUCCCACCGCCAUCCACAGCGGCAGGCAAGGCGGAGGCAGCUAAAGCCACAGAACAGCCAGACACAGACACUAAAACAGUUGAACCAGAUCCAGCUGAGAUCUGGAAAAAAGACUUCCAGUGCCAGUGGUACAAGACCGCAGACGGGGACGUCUCGGACCGGCAGCCCCCCAAAGACGGGGUGGGAGGAACGACAGAGGGAAACUCUGAAGGUGCAGUGGGAAACGCUGAAGGUGCUGCAGGAAACUCUGAAGUUGCAGCAGGAAACUCUGAAGUUGCAGCAGGAAACUCUGAAGGUGCUGCACCUUCAGCAGGAACGACGACAGAACCCACGAGGAAAAGUUCCUCUGAGACCAAGUUUGCAGGAACUGGUUCACCUGGUACCGAAAGUCCAACGCCUUCACUGAAAGCGGCCACAGACACAGCUGGUAUUAGUCCAGUCAGCGGCCCGAACUUGACUAUUUUGCUGCUGGUGUUGGCUGCAAGUUUAUGCCUGAGUCCUUAAACUCAAAAAAGAAAAAAAAAAUACUCCCAGCGUUCACCUGGAAGCUCUGUGGUACAUCUGCAAGUAUGAGCUCCUCUCAAGUGCCCUUGGAAAAGACACUGAAUACCUGAUAGUUGAAGGUGUAGCUGAAUAUAAUCCAGAUAUUACUUUAAAGUUGUUGUUUUUUUUAAAGAAGGGGGGGGACAAACUACUUCCAGAACUGGAAUCCAGAUCUGAUCACUAGCUGUGCCUAGACACGAGGAUACAAAUACUAACAUACUUCGGGGUUAAAGGGAAAGUUCCUGAUAUUUAUAAAUAGACAAAUAAAUAAAGAUUUGAACAGGUUUCAUAGAUACUAUUUAAUUCAAGAUUGUUGAGGGGGGGAUGUGUGUACUACCUGAACUGAUCCGGGCAAUCACCCUUAGCGCACUGGAGUGACAGAAGAAAUCUGAGCCAAAUAUUAAAACCCAAACUAACCCGAUGAGAAACUAACGGAUUUCACUGAUAAAUGUAAAUAAGAUGUGAAGUUCUGUUGUCAUGCAGGUCAACUUUAAUCCGCCUCACCAUCAUUUUACGUAUGAUGAAAUUAACAGACUGAAUUCAUGCAGAGAGGAUGAAGAAUUGAAUUGUUAAAGCCGAACAUCUGGUGUCUCAGGACUUUCCUCUUUGCACAUGAAUCAUACAUUUUAAACCCAAUUUGCUGGUUACAGGACACGUUUUCUCAGAUCUCUGGCCUCCCCUGGCGGACAUCUAGUGGAAUUACAACACUUAACACAUCACAUUUAAAGGUUUAAAUGGCUACAUUCCAUUAAACUGCUACAUUUGGGGUAUUUUUCUCAUCAUCACAGUCGGGAGAGCCACAGUAUGUCUGCAGUGAAGACAAGUAAAUGUUAUUCAUGUCUGCCUCUUCCACCUCCUCAUCCCUCAGUGCCCCUUGAUGCAGUACACUGUAAAUAAAAUCAUUUAAAGAAAA